AUGAUAUUUUUAUUAUUCGCAGCAAAUCAAUAUUACUUGAACAAGCAGCGCUUCCUAUUGGAAAUCCUACAUCAUCUGCAUGAGCCUCUAAGGCACGCAGAGUGUCUUGCACUGGGUCAGCCAAUUGUGAGCGAUAAGACGCAAUAUGUCCAUUAUACCGAGCCGAUGCGGGAGUAUUAUCGCUUGCUCAGCUCAGGUCGACUGCUGCCCAAGGAUGUCUACUACAAUGCGCAUCAGGCGGAGCACUUCAGUGAGACCUUGGGCCUCUUUCACUUCUUCUACAACACACGCGAGUGGAGCACACUGAGCCAGAACAUAUGCUGGGCCCGUGUCCACGCGAAUCCCGCCCUCUUUCUGCACGCUCUGAUGCAGACGAUGCUCAAGCGCGACGAUUACCGCGUCCUGACCAUGCCCAAGAUCUAUGAGCUGCUGCCGGCGCCUUAUCACAGCGAAACAGUUGUGCGAGCAGCUGGCAACUUCAACUACAUCAAUUGGAUACGACAGGAGCUGAUGAUGGGCAAUCGAAGUCACAUUCAAAUGGUGCUGCCCAAGCAGCUGUUGCCCACGAAUCUGACCGGGGACUUGCGCAACACAAGCAAAUGGUCCGAGGCCAUGGCUGAGGUGCAGAUCUUGAGCAUUGGAGAACCAAAGCAGCCUCAAGCUAAGCUGAGCCAUUUAAUUGACGACUUCGGCUGGUCGAGCUACUGGUACUACAUCAAUAUGGGCGUGGCACUGCGGGACAAUCCCUCAGAAGCCGAGCGCAUCCGCGAUUGGUGCUACUGGCAGCUGAGUCAGAUAGUCGCACGCUACAAGCUGGAGCGCUACGACCAGCAAAUGGAAUACAAACGUCUGUCGUGGCUGGAGCAGGCGAACAGUCAGCUGCUGACCUGGCAAGGCCAGCGAUAUCAUUUGGAGACUCGCGCCACACGGCAGCAUCUCUCAGCGCUGCUGCACAAGCUGGAGCUGAGCGUGGAGCAGGCGAUCGCCACUCAAACCUUAAGCGUCUCCAAUGGCACGUUGAUCGACUUGCGUAAGGGUCAGAAUUGGCUGCUGGGCCUGGAGCAGCUAUUUCCCUACGACUUGAGUCGCCUUCAAGUGCCAACCGCCAACCAGCCCCAACAGCUCCUGGAGCUGCACACAAUGCUGCGACAGCCGAGUUUUUACGCAUACGCCGAUCGAUUACUUCACGCCUAUCGAACCUAUCGCACGGAGUUUCAGUCGAGUUACUCGCAGCCCGUACGACCGACCGAUAUGAGCAUUGAGACUGUCCUGGUCGAUCCGCUGAUCACCUUCGAUGAGCCCGUCGAUGUGGAUCUCAGCAAUAUUCUGCACGCCCGCAACUUUUACUAUGAGAAGCGUUUCAUGUGGCCUCACAGUCUGCAGGCGCGCAGACACCGACUGCAGCAGCGACCGUUCGCGAUCACCUUCCAGCUGAGCAGCAAUAGGACGCAAUCGAUUAUACUGCGCAGCUACUUGACCACAGCCCGUGGGAAUGUCAAUGAGGAGCCCUUCUAUCAAUUGGAUUCUUUUCUGACGAUACUUUACCAAGGCAACAAUACGAUACGGCGCGAGUCUAGCGAGUUUCCCGGAUUGAUCGGUGAUCACAUAAGCUUCACAGAGCUCUAUCACUACAUGAGCUUGGCGGAACAGGAGCAGUUCGAUUUUCCCUUGAACAUAACUCUACCGAGCUGUGGUUUUCCCAGACGCCUGAUCUUACCCCGAGGCGGUGCAGGUGAGCCGCUCGCCAUGCGACUACUGGUCAUAGCUACGCCGUACAACUACAAGGCCCGGCAGGGCAACGAGCUCUUCUGCGACUUCAGCAACGGCGUCAGCAGUUGGAAUGAGCUGCCGCAAGGCUACCCCUUCGAGCGGUUUGUGGAGGAGGCAGAGCUGCAAGGAUCCCACGUGUAUUGGAAAGCAGUCGAGAUAGAGCACAGGGAUUAUGGAAUGGCUUAAAGCGGAAGGGGUAUAUCGUUUGAGCACAACACUCGAUCGAAUCUUCGACCAGUUGAUAUGAAGUGUAUAGCUAAUGCCUUUUUUGUAACGUAACCCAAGUCCAUAAAUAAAAUUUAAGUCCACUAUACCGUUGUGUCUAUUUUUCCAA